AGAGGAGAGACUCCAGAGCACCUGGAGUUAAAGGAUCUUAAUGCUUAAAUACACAAUUAAACUUCAGGUUGCAGACAUACACGCACCUCCCAGAGUACACACUACAGUCUAGAGCUUGCCAGCUGGAGUUUUCUCACUUUUAUGGACAAGGAAGCUGCUGAAACACUCUGGAUGUCGGCUGGGAGUUUCUUGUCAUUUCUGAGGCUUUUGCUUAAAGAUAUUUGUCAUUUUGGUGCUUGAUGUAGAACAUUUUUAAAGGACGUUUCGGAUUUUACAUUUUGAAAACAUGGCUAAAAGUCAGUAUGCGCAAAUCAAUCCGCUGCAAGUGACGGUUGCUCAUUGGAAAAGACCUGAUGUAACUACUGAUUUAUUUGAAAUGAUUGAGAAAAUGCAGAGCAACAGAAUGGACGAGCAGCGAUGCACUCUUCCUCCUCCUCUCAAAACCGAGGAAGACUACAUCCCGUACCCCAGCGUCCAUGAGGUUCUUGGCAGAAAGAGUCCAUUUCCCUUGAUUUUGCUGCCUCAGUUUGGGGGUUAUUGGAUUGAAGGGACCAAUCACGAGCUGAGCAAUGGGAAUGACCCGGAGCAAUUCGUGUCUCCCACCUCACGCUACAAAUUGGAGUGCAACACCACCGCUAAGAUCUUCAGGAAACAUUUUCUGGGCAAAGAACACUUUAAUUACUAUACGGUGGACAGUGCCCUCGGCCACCUGGUGUUCUCCAUGAAAUAUGAUGUUAUUGGGGACCAAGAGCAUCUCCGGCUUAUGCUCAGAACAAAAAUGAAAACGCAUCACGACGUGAUACCAAUAUCUUGUCUAACCGAAUUCCCCAACAUUGUCCAGAUGGCCAAGCUUGUCUGUGAAGAGGUGAAUGUGGACCGAUUUUUCCCGGUGCUUUACCCAAAGGCUUCCAGGCUCAUCGUCACUUUCGACGAACACGUCAUUAGCAACAACUUCAAGUUUGGAGUCAUUUAUCAGAAGUUUGGACAGACCUCAGAGGAGGAGCUGUUUGGGAAUAACGAGGAGGGUCCUGCUUUGGUGGAGUUUUUAGAGUUUCUGGGACAGAAAAUCGAGCUUCAUGACUUCAAAGGGUUUCGUGGAGGGUUGGAUGUAACACAUGGACAGACCGGCUCUGAGUCUGUCUACCAUAAUUUCCACAACAAAGAGAUCAUGUUCCACGUGUCGACUAAGCUGCCUUACACAGAGGGUGAUACACAGCAGCUACAGAGGAAGAGGCAUAUAGGAAAUGACAUCGUGGCCAUCGUGUUUCAAGAGGAAAACACACCAUUUGUGCCAGACAUGAUUGCUUCCAACUUCCUGCAUGCAUAUGUGGUGGUGCAGGUGGAGAAUGCCUGCUCUGAUGAUGUCCUCUACAAGGUUUCGGUAACAGCGCGAGAUGACGUUCCCUUCUUUGGACCACCUCUCCCCAAUCCAGCCGUUUUUAAGAAAGGUCCAGAGUUCCAUGAAUUCUUGCUUUCUAAGCUAAUCAAUGCUGAAUAUGCGUGUUACAAAGCUGAAAAAUUUGCCAAAUUAGAGGAGCGCACCCGGUCUGCCCUGCUGGAAACACUGUAUGAGGAGCUGCACAUCAACAGUCAGGCCAUGAUGGGACUGGGAGGAGAAGAGGACAAACUGGAAAAUGGAGGAGGAGGAGGAGGAGGCUUCUUUGAGUCCUUCAAGCGGGUGAUCCGCAGCAGGAGCCAGUCUCUGGACACCAUGGGCCUCAAUAUCAGGAAGUACACAGUCUCCAAUAGUCACAGCGGCAGUUUCGCCCACAACAACAACAACCACCAUUCACCAGAGACCCCCAAACCCCCUGGGAUAUCUUUGAUCAUUCCUGGAAAAAGCCCGACCAGGAAAAAGUCAGGACCCUUCAGUUCUCGACGUAGCAGUGCUAUCGGCAUUGAAAACAUCCAGGAGGUCCAGGAGAAGAGAAUUGCUGCUCUGUUGUCAGAGGACAGGACAGUUCUCUGUCUCUCUCUGCCCAGCGUCACUCUCAGGAAUGGGAGGCUCAUCGUGGAUCCCUCCAACAGCAGAGAGUGUUCGCCAAGCACACAGAAGACCCCUGAUAGUGGCCACGCCUCCCAGGACCCCAAGUCAGAGAAUUCAUCCAAUCAGAGCUCUCCUGAGGUCCUCAUCACAAAGAACAGCUCGAACCUGUACUGUCGAGCUCCCUCCAUCCCUGAGGCUCAGGAUCUGUCCCGCUCCUCCUCCAAUGCCAGCAGCUUCGCCAGUGUGGUGGAGGAGAAUGAAACAGAGGCCACAGAGGACUACGACACUGGCAUGGAGAGUCUGUCGUCAGCAGAUACUCCUCAUAAACGAGACUCAUUCACGUACAGCACAUGGCUGGAGGACAACAUGAGCACGAACAGUACCACCAGCAGGGGGAGCUCUCCUGGUCCUGGGAGAAAUCAACAAACGGAUGGUGGAAAAAACCAAGAUCAAAACCGUACAGACAUCCGCAUCAAACUUGAGCGACCGCAUGAUCACAAAUCCUCAUCGAACUGCUAGCCCUUCCUGUUUGACCACCUCAUGGACAUCCAACAACAGCAUUUCCAUUAUAAAAACCAAGGAGAGCUUGAGAUUGUGCCAUUAUUUGAUGAUGAAGAAGAGGACGACGACACCAGUCGCCUGCAGGAGUGACAUAUACAUGACUCCGAAUCGUGAUCAUGUGACCAUUUGCCUCUUCAGCACAUCACUACCCUCACAGGCCUGACCAGAACCGGGACGGUGUAAAAUACAGCCAAAAACUGACCCUCCUUCAGGCUUGUCCUUCAUUGUCCUCUUGUGUGAGUACAUCAGUAAAUGAAUGAGAAGCUCCUCUCACGUCACUGAGCUCAUGAAAGGUGAAACUAGCUGGUCCUAACACUGUGCUAAAAUUUAAUUAUACAAAGUUUGUCUCCUAAAGGACUUUUCUUCUGCUUGCACGAUGAAAGCUUUUUUUCCAGCCCUGUCCCAAAUGGAAAAGAAGGCUGCAUAGAGCAUGCUUCUGAAAACUGCAAUGACAAAUGGAAUACUCUGAGGUUUUGAGGACAUCACAAACAUGCUGUUGUCGCACGUGUGCAAGAGACAGUACAUGUGCCUGUUUGGGACAGGGCCAUUUCUCAUCUUCUGAUAUUGAUGUUUUUUCAUUAAGAUUCCAGGUGUGAAAACCCUUGAUCUGAUUUAUUGCAACCCAUAAGUGCUGGGCAAAUACAUAUUUUGCCAUUAUUUAAGAGUAACUCCAAUCCAAAGGUUUUCUUGCAGAGAAAAAAAUCAUUAGGGUAAGCUAAAAUGAAAACCACAGAAUGAAUAAGAUAAAUACGAUUCCAGCAAUUCUGCAAUUCUUAAGUUUCUUGCAUAAUCCUCAUUAUUUCUUCAAAUUCGCACUUUCCUUUUCUCUGUAAAUUGCAAAUUUAUUGCUUUGUAAGUUCUGACCACUUUUCACUAUUUUAUUUUGUGAAAUUGUGAGUUGAUAAAACUUCUCUCUGAUUUUCUCCUUUUUUUUUCUUCAUAAUUGCUAAAUAUGAUAGAAACUAGCAAUUGCAAGAAAAAAAUAGGGGAAUUUUUUUAAAAACAAAGAGUAACAAGCUUCCAGAUCUGAUUCAAGGCUGAUUUAUACUCAACGCAUUCACUAGUUUGCUCGAGUGUGUGGUAAAUGUGACAUCAUCACUGUGUUUGCGGAGGUUCGCUUUGGGUGCACAUGACAUGCUUUCGGCUGGCGGAGCGCACAUUUUUUGAGACUUGAGCAGUUCAUGGGUGCCGCAUUUCAUUUGGUAAAUAUGAAUCACUUAUAAGAGAUUUUGGUUCGCCUGUACAGACAUCUUUAUGAUCCGUACAUGUGUGAUCAUAGGGAUAACCAGAUGGCCAAUAAUUCUUAGCUAGAAAUUGCAAGUUUUUGUAAAAAAUUUAGAAAAUCGUGACGCGAUGGUGCAGUGGGUAGCACGUUCGCCUUACAGCAAGUAGGUCGCUGAUUAGAGCCUUGGCUGGGUCAGUUGGCAUUUCUGUGUGGAGUUUGCAUGUACUCCCCGUGUCCACGUAGGUUUUCUCCGGGUGCUCCGGUUUCCCCCACAAGUGCAAAGACAUGUAGUGCAGGCGAAUUGGGUAUGCUAAAAUUGACCGUUGUGUAUGAGUGCGUAAGUGAAUGAGUGUGUAUGGAUGUUUCCCAGUGAUGGGUUGCGGCUGGUAGGCCAUCUGCUGUGUAAAAACAUAUGCUGGAUAAGUUGCCGGUUCAUUCCACUGUGGCGACCCCAGAUUAUUAAAGCGACUAAGCUGAAAAGAAAAUGAAUGAAUGAGUUUAGAAAAUCUUGAAGUAUUAGUUUGUUAAAGCCAGGUUAAGUUUGUUUUAUAGGCUUUAUUGAUGAUAAUGGUCAGGAAUGUUGGACCAUUAUUGCCUUUUUAGCAUAUAAACAGAGGACACAAACUAGCUAGACAGUAAUGUGUGGCUAGUAAUUAUGGAGAGGGCUAAAUGCAAAUAAAAACCUCAAUAUUUCUCUAGUAAGUGUACUUUUUUCUUUUAUUCUUGCCAUAAUAAUAUAUAUAUUAUAUAUAUAUAUAUAUACCAUGUUCUGUUGUCAUUGAUAUUUUAAUAGGUAGAACUGUCCGAGAUAUGAACAAAAGCAAGUGAUGCAUCAAAGUUUGCUUUAAAAAAAAAUCUUGAAUGGUUAUAAAAAUCUUUAUAAUCAUUGAAAUAGGGUGACGCAGUGGCGCAGUAGGUAGUGCUGUCGCCUCACAGCAAGAAGGUCGCUGGUUCAAGCCUUGGCUGGGUCAGUUGGUGUUUCUGUGGGGAGUUUGCAUGUUCUCCCUGGGUUUGCGUGGGUUUCCUCCGGGUGCUCCGGUUUCCCCCACAGUCUAAAGACAUGUAUUGGGUAGGCUAAAUUGUCCGUAGUGUAUGAGUGAGUGAGUGUGUAUGGAUGUUUCCCAGAGAUGGGUUGCGGCUUGAAGGACAUCCGCUACAUAAAGCAUGUGCUGGAUAAGUUGGCGGUUCAUUCCACUGUGGCGACCCCGUAUUAAUAAAGGGAUUUAGCCGAAAAGAAAAUGAAUGAAUGAAUGAAUGAAUCAUUGAAAUAAUUAACAAAAAUUUGUUUAAACAAUCUUGAACAAUAUUAAUAAUAUGAUAAAGUUCCGGAAACUUCCUACUUUAAUGUUUAUCCAUCUGAUUUCAUGGUCGAUUUCCUUUAAUCGCUCCCUGUCAUUUAAAAAAAAUAUCUCAAAGGCGAAUGCGUCAAGUAUAAAAUCCUUGUCUAUUUCGCGAGGUGCAUGCACACUCAGCGGAGGUCCGCGAUACAGUGCCAGGCGAAAGUAUAAAUCAGCCUAGUUAAUAGUGAAUGUAUUAACAUUAAACUACAUAAUUACCCAUUAGCUGCAAAUUAUUAUUUUAUACUGUACAUCUACAAGACUAAAGUCUGCUAACGUUUCGUCUAAAUGUUAAAUUAAAAUAUUUGUAUUAAAUUUAGAGCAAUCGAUAUGUGCAACACAGGCUCAUUGGAAAUAUGUGCUUAAUAUUUGUGAAACUUUUUCUGAAACCACAAAAACAUGCCGUUUUCUAGGGGGGGAAAAGGACUCUACAACAUUAAGUGAACCUAUGUAAUUUUUAUGUAUGUUUUUGAAAGCACUAUUGGUUGGGUUUAGGGAAGGGUUCAGGUCAGUGGUUCACUAGUCUUGGUUGAUCUGUAUGACAAGUCCCAUCUUCUCAUGGACAUGUACAAGAAAGAAGUGUAUCUGAAAUAUAUAACAAAGCAUACAUAUUGUAGAUUUGCAAAAAUGUAGACAGUGCCCUCUACUGGACUUGACAUCUGAACUGUGCAAUGAAACGUACCUGGAGCAAGGUAUUUUAAGUUUGCAAAACAAAAAGUAGGCUACAGCAUGUAUUUCCAAUGAGCCUAUUUUAGAUAAGGUACUGGCAAUGCAUCCUUAGCUCCUUUUAUGUAAUAUAUAGCUCCUUAUAGCACAUAUUUAUUGGUGGGAUUUGAUCCGCAUUGAGAAAUUGGGAAAAUAAUGAUGCAAGAUGUCAGAAACUGGAAGAUGCUGUUGCUCUUAAAUAACUGCCGUCAUCAAUGCAUGGAGAAAUGGGGCAUUUUAAUGAGUGUGAGUCAAAGAAAAUAACCACAUUUUGAUUAGCAUAAAAAUGUGACAGUUUUGUGAAGUGUGACAGACAUCCUCUGAAUAUAUUAGAUUAGAAAUUGCAGAUGCCUUACCUUCCCCCAUCAAAAAUAUAUGAAAUGUAGCCAUAUCAGUGUUACAGCAACAGUGAGUAAACCAACUAAUUCAGCUCAGUUUCCUAACCAGCUAACCAAGCAGGACUAACCGUAAGUCAUGGUUAAUGCUCAGCUUUGAUUGAUCAGUUCGACAUGUUGAUUGUUGAAGUGUUUGCCGCUUAAGCAGCUCUUGAUAAAAGCAAGAGGUGUUGAGAUUCACAUAUAGAGCACCGUUCAUUCUUUUGCUUCUCCAGAAAAGAAGGAAAUUUGCAAAACCCUGAAGUGGAGAUGCUUUCCUUACUUUGAUUUAAUUCCAAUGGCUCUUUGUUUUGUGUUUGAAAGUAUGGAUGGUUUAAUGUGUGCCAAGGUGACAGACUUUUAAAAAAAAAAAACACACACAAACGUGCUGUUGCGAAUCAACCAAUCAUUAAUGCCAAAAAUCAGUCAAUGUUUGCUCUUUCCAUUAAAGGCAAAAGCAUUAAAUGGAGCUUAAAUAUGGCAGUAGUCUGGGGUUGCCUUAUUUUAAGUGUCAAAAUGUAUGACAGGGGGAAGCUUUGCAGGAUAUUUUGUAAUCUGUUUAUGAUACAUUGAGAUUAGCCUUACCGGCUUUCAUUAAACUGCCUUUUUACUGCCCCCCGUCCUACGCCAUUAAGAUGUUAUGUAGACCUCAUUAUUGAUCCAUGUUUGUUUUAUUUAGUUUCUAUAAUUGAUCCAUCCUGAUAGCAGACUCUGGCAAUCUGAAACCUAAAAUGCUUCACAGGCCAAGUAAACUGUUAAAAAAUGCUGGGUUCUUUCAUGUUGCCACAACAUAAAUCUAUUAACUUAACCUAAUCGUUUCAAAUGUAAGUGUGUUGAACAUAAAACAGUUAAGUUGUCCCAAAAAGCCUUAAGAAUUGUGUUUUUUCACAUCAUUAAUUAGUAGUUUGAACAAGCAGCAAAAGUCAUUUUUAAUACAGGGUUGCACACAAUUCAUUCAUGUUGUCCUAACAUAAAUCAAAUAAGUUAACUUGACAAAUAUAUGUGGUAUGAACAUAAAACAAUUAAGUUGUCUAAAAAAAAUUGUGUUUCAACUCAUUUUAAAUGAGUAGUUUGAACAAGCAGCAAAAUCAUUUUUUGAGUGUGUGAAGGUAAGCAAGACAAAAAAUUCAAUAUAAGGUAGUUCAUGACCCAUUUAAAGGCAGUGUAAAGUGUCUUUGGCCCAAUCCCAAUUCUACCCCUUAGCCUUACCCCUUAUUUUGCGUGUUCCCGUGAAGGGGUAGGGGUGUCCCAAUUCUCUUUAGUUUGAAGGCGUAGGGCUAAGGGGAAGGGGUAAAUACCCCUUGGAACGAAGAUUUUUUAGGACCACACUCGAGUGGAGUAAGAUAAUUUCCCAGAAAACGCCAGCUACAAUGGCAGGAUAGUUGCACCCGGAAGUAAGGAGAUCCACAAGUUAGUAUUUUUUGUCAUUAUUAUGAUUUUUUACAACAAACAAGCACAUGUUUAAUAUAUUUAUAACCGUGUUCGUGUUUUACUAUCAUGUAAAAAAAAAAAAAACGCUAAAAUAAAGACCGCUAAAUUUCGCGAUCUAUAAUGCCUAAUAACUCCUGUACAGCAGUCCCACAACGUUCUGACACUCGAUGACACUGGAAUACCCAGUCAGAAAAGUCUACUGGCUGGGAAUGACCUUUUUACAGUGUCUGCUAUAAUGUUAAUGUUGUUUUUGGUGUGUUUACAUCUGAUUAUGGCCAUGUUGUAAAUGCAUAGUAUAAUUAUGAUCUUAUUGCCACAUUACAUCGUUAUGAUAACAUGAUAUAUGCCUUUUGGGAUUUCCUGAAGAUAAAUACCCAAAAAUAACCCUGGAAUAACUACAGCAGUCGCGAUCGUCUGAUCUCAUAUGAAACAAGAGAUUGUGAUGACGUGUGCAGGUGCUGUAGUGUUGUCCCAUUUCUUAGGGGUAAAUUUUGAAGCCCUUCACCUUCACAUUCGUUUUAAAAGGCCAAGGGGAGGGCGUAGGGGUACAAAAAUAGAAUUGGGAUUGGGCCCUAAUUUGUCUUAUUUCUAAAGGAAUACCAGAGAAAUGGUUGAUGAGAAUGCGCCUUUGCCAUCACAGGAACAUAUUACAUUUUAAAAUAUGUUCACAGCUAUUUUAAAUCAUUGCAACAUCUCACAACAGUAAUGUUUCGCACAAAAAAAAAAUAAAAUUCCAAAAACAUUGAUGCAAAACAAGUCCAUAAAAAGAAAGCUGAUGCAAUGUGCUUAGAUCUACAGGCAAUGCUGCAAAUUGACACUUUUCCUUUUGAUAUAGCACAUCAAUCGCAAAGACCAUAAUAGUUUAUGGGCAUUUUUUGAUCAUAUUGGAGACAUUUUCCAAGCUUGCCCUGAAGCCUGUCUAAAAGCAGUUUCAUUUUGCCUGUGAAGUCUGAGGUUUCAGACAGUUAUUGAGGGGCGCAUUGCAUUAAAAUAUCUUUAUGUUUGAGCUAUUUUUCCAAUAUUUUUUGUUUCAUACUAGACUAAAAGACUGGAGAUCAUUACAACAGGUACAAAGAAUUUCUAACACUAUAACUAGAACCCCUAGAGGUACUGGGAUCGGUUGUAUAUCAAUAAAAAUAGACUCAAAAAUGUUUGUUUUUAGUCUGCCUUUGUUUGCUCUGCGCAGGCCUUCUCUGCCCCCUUGUGGAUGAUUUUAGCACCAUUUGUUUGCAUUGUCUGUGUACAUGACUGUAAUUUGCUGUUCCUGUGCAGAAGUUAAAUUUGUCUGGGGAAAAAAUGAGAGAUGCAGCACAAAACCCAUGCAGAUAACAGGGUAUGAAUUUUUAGACAUUGUUAUGCUUUCCUUUUAGCUGCUGCUUCUGUGACCUCUUCCUGUGCAAUCAUCAUCACUGUAAAUACUGCUUUUUUUGUACAUACUGCCCGAAAAAUCUGAAACAAAUAAACUGUGUGGAUAUUUCAUUGGA